CUUCUACUCCGUUACAACAUUUCUUUUUUGAAACCCAACCAAAUUUUGAGUUUCUGAAUUGAUUUAUUUGUUUGAAAUAGUGGUAUGGAAAUGAUUAAACAUUCGGCACAUUUAUUGGUUUCUUUGGUCUAGUUUUGUCCAAGUGUUUGAGAGAACCAAGUGUCGCACGCCCGAAUAAUCAAACAAUUGCAAUUUGUAAAAAAUUUGAAAUUGGCGCCAAAAGAAAUCGAAUUUGAAUUUAAAAAAAGGGAAAAAAGUGGAUGAAAUUUGAACGGUGCGCAAUGUGUCGUCGGUGAAUUUCGCGGGAGAUUUGAGUGGAGUGAUUUGACGCGCUAAACACAGAUGUACACAUGACGGACGGAGCGAUGAUGAUGCUGGCCGUGGUGCUGAUGUUGUUGUUGAGAAGUUUGGCUCGUCAAGGACGCUCACGAGUCUGCCGACCGCCGUUAUUACUCACGACAUUUCGACAACAACUGGCCAAACUCGUCGACAACAUCUAACCCGAACACAACCCACAACAGCCGCAGCAGCUGAGCAGCUAAGCAGCAGCAACAACUUCAUUGAUAUUCAUAACGGCCAACAGGUCUGUGAUAAUACAUCCAUCCGCACUGGAAGCGAAACUCGGCCUGAUAGCUAAAUCGUCGACUCCGGCAAUCCGCAUCAAUGGAUUCAUCCGCUGGCGCCUUCAACGUCCAUCUGAUGACCCUCGGUGAUGCCCUCAACAACCGGACGUCCUACUACAGCAGCAGUUGGGCGGCCGAUGGAUCCAGCACCGCAACCACCGCCUCGACAUCCGCCGGAUCCUCAUCACCCGCAACGGCUGCUGGAUACGGUCUGCUGUCGACGAUCCUGAUCAGCGCCGCCCUUUUGUUCAUCAUCGUCGGCACCGUCGUCGGCAACAUCCUCGUCUGCGUCGCCGUCUGCCUCGUCCGUCGCUUGCGUCGUCCUUGCAAUUACCUGCUGGUGUCGCUGGCCGUGUCCGACCUGUGCGUGGCCCUGCUGGUGAUGCCCAUGGCGCUGGUCUACGAGGUGCUGGGCACUUGGCCGUUCGGCGCCAGCGCCUGCGACACUUGGGUGGCCUUCGACGUCCUGUCGUGCACGGCGUCCAUCCUCAACUUGUGCAUGAUCAGCGUCGACCGCUACUGGGCCAUCACCCGCCCGCUGGACUAUGGCGUCAAACGGACGCCGGCCCGGAUGAUUUCCUGCGUCGCCCUCGUCUGGAUCUCGUCCGCCUGCAUUUCUCUGCCGCCUUUGCUCGUCCUGGGCAACGAACACGGAACAUCCGCCGCUCCUCAUCCACCGGCCACCACCAGCAGCAGCAGCAUCCUGCCCAGCAACAACAACAACAGUCAAACGAGUCCGAUGACCAUGUCCAGCAACGGACCAUUGGCCAAUUUCAUUGAAUUGGCCACGGCUGCUGCCGGACAAGAUUACCAGUGUCAAGUGUGUCAAGAGUUUGGCUACCAGAUCUACGCCACCCUGGGCUCGUUCUACAUCCCGUUGGCCGUCAUGGCGGCCGUCUAUUACCAAAUCUUCCAGGCGGCCAAACGGAUCGUCGACGAAGAGAAAAAGGCCCAAAGUCAUUUGCUGAUGACCAGAACCAACAGCUGCGCCAAACAAAAAGCGGCGGCGGCCGUCGGUGGUUCUGGCCAGCCUCAGCAACCGGUCCAGUCAUCUCUCCUGGUCCGUCCUCUCCACCAGCCCAGUCUCUGCACCAGCGCCGCCAUGGUCGUCGUUCGUCGCCACAGCGACCAACAACUCGACGAGCUGGGCAACAACAUCGAGGCCAACAAUUCCUCAUUGCCAGCAACCAACAAUUCAGCCGGCCCAGCGCUCUCCAACAAUGACCGGAGAAGCAGUGGCAGGACAAACAACUGCAACGGCAGCAUCCGUCCAACUACCCUGCCUGACAACCACUUCAAACAACCGCAACAACAAUCACAGACGGUGGACAUUUCCCGCCACUCACUGGCCGUUUCAACUGACAACGUCAAAGGCGAAACGGCCAUUCCCGUCGCCCUCAACCACCAACUUGACCCGCUGAGUUUCCAGCAGAAACAUCCGGUGCUGGUCCAGUCAGGAUCGAGCCCGUUGCCCAUCAGCAGCAGCCGCCGGAAUCAUCGCAGUCACCGCAGUUUGACCCACCGACGGGCCAGUCGAGUCCGUUUACGAUUCGCCCUCAACAAGGAGCGCAAGGCUUCGACGACGUUGGGGAUCAUCAUGAGCGCCUUCACGUUGUGCUGGUUCCCGUUUUUCGUGCUGGCCCUGGUCCGUCCGUUCAUGAGCCACCAGACGGCCUCGUUGGUCAUCCCGCGCUGGUUGUCGUCGCUCUUCCUCUGGCUGGGCUACGCCAACAGUUUCCUCAACCCCGUCAUCUACGCCACCACCAACAAGGACUUCCGGUUGCCCUUCCGCGAGAUCCUUUGCCUCAGGUGCAAGUCCCUCAACUCGGUCAUGAGGGAGGAUUUCUACCAGUCGCAGUACGGCAACAACCAGCAGCUGGGCAACAACAACAAGGCCGGAUUGAUGGCCGCUCAAUUGAUGGCCGCCGCCGGAUCGGGUCCGGCCGCCGCCUCGUCGUCACCGUCGCUGAUGAAGGCGCACCGGAGUCGACGUCGUCGGCGUCACUCGAGCGAUUCACUUCGCGGCGAACAGCAUCGCCAGAAUUACCGCAGCAAAAGUCCGGCGUCCAAAGAUGUCGAUCCGGCGACGGCGGAUGAAGAAGACACGACCGAUUACGGACUCAUGUCCAGCAUCCACCGGGUCAGCUCCUCAUCUGCCACAGCAUUUCUCUAAAUUCAAAAGAAAUUCGACCAAAAACAAAACCCCC